AUGCCGUUUUCUCAACGUUAUCUGGAUCGAAAGAUUGAUACUAAAGCACGCGCAGCUAAUAUGGGCGGUGAAAUGUCACUUGUAUUGCCACAUCUCUAUCUGGGAGCAUUGAAAGAUCGAACAAAUAGUACAUUGAUGACAAAAAAUCAAAUAAAACGUGUUUUAUGUAUUAUUGAUGUACCAGAUAUAAUCGUCGAUAAAGAAUAUAAACCUACACAUUUAUUAAAUAUUCAAGCGGCUGAUGCACAAGAACAAGAUUUGGCACAAUAUUUUGAAAAAUGUAUUGAAUUUAUUCAUCAAGCAAGAACUGAACAUGAAAAUAUUCUUGUUCACUGUUACGCAGGCAUAUCGAGAAGUGCAACAGUUGUGUUAGCAUAUUUAAUGACUAUUGGUGAUUAUGAUGUAGACAAAGCUAUUCAAAUUGUUAAAGGUGCUAGAGGUUUUAUUCAUCCAAAUCCUGGAUUUUUAUCACAAUUGAAAAGAUAUCAAAGCAAUGAUGUUAAAAAAAAUUGGUAUCGUUUAACUCGACGUUAUCAGUCGUAUUCAUUUGAUAAUGGUGAUGUGCAUUUUGUCAAAAGUUCAUUAGAUAUUUAUUGGCAACAAUUUGAACCUGCUUUUAUUGCUGAACCAGUUUAUUGGUCAACACGCAAAGAAAACUCGAAAGAAAAUUCGGCAGUCCCCUACGAACGGAAGAUGAUCUGCACAUUCGCUGAACAAAUAAUCGAUAAUAAUCAAGAACAAAAAUUAAAACGAAUUAUACCUACUAAUGAGGAAAAACUAUUAACAUCUAACAUCGUUGAUCAACAAACAGAAAAAGCACUUAUCAUACCUUCAACAACAAAACGUUAUCAAAGUUCUAAGGUCAAAACUAAUAGUUCGAGGACAAUGGGAACGAAAUAA